AUGGAGGAGAAGUUGACAACUUUACGAAAAACUCUCUCAAACAAGGAAAAGCUGAUAAGGAAAAAGUUACACAUAGUCACCACAUUGACAAUGGAGGGACUGGCGAGUCACGAAAUAAAAGUGCAUUUAGAACUUGCAGAAAGUGCGUUUACAACGUAUGCAAAUGCACACGAUGAGCUGUCCUUGUUGGUCGAGGACUCUGAGGUUGAGUUAAUGAUUGACGCCUUGGAAGAGGUAUCUCGGACGUUCAUUAAAAUCAAGGGGAUUUUGCAAAGUACAUUAGACUUAAGGCAAACUACACACGAACCUCAAAACGAAAAUGCACUUAGCGAACAAGGGCAACAAUCCAUCAGGUUACCUCCCAUGAACCUGCCUACAUUCACAGGAAAAUUGGAAGAUUGGUAUGCUUUCCACGACCAAUUUUCAUCUGUUAUUCACGUUAAUAAAUACAUUGACAACACCAGAAAAAUGCACUAUUUAAAAUCAUGUUUAUCAGGAGAAGCGGCUAAUGUAAUUGCAUCAUUAUCAUCGACUGGUAACAAUUAUCUGGAGGCUUGGUCUUUGUUGACAAACCGUUAUGAUAAUGAACGUCUUGUUCUACAAGUACACUUACAACAUUUGUUCAAUCAACCACACAUUCAGAGUGAAGCUGUUAGCUCCUUGAAGGCAUUGGUUGAUACAACAAAUAAACAUCUUAGAGCAUUAAAAGUAUUAAAACAACCCACUGAGUCUUGGGAUACAAUUAUAAUUUACCUUAUAUCAUCCCGUUUACCAAGUGAACUCAGAAAAGCAUGGGAAAUUGAAUCAUCUGCCUAUGAGUCUCCAUCUUGGUUACAAAUGUGUAAAUUUAUGGAGAAAAGAGUACACGUGUUAGAUUUAUUACAACUACAAUCAUCCAGUACACCCAGAUCUAAGCUUACCAACAAGUGCAACAGUCGAGCAACAACUCAUGCUGUGACUGCAGCCGUGCAAUAUUUGUUCACAGCAUCAUAUUAUUUAUCAGUGUAA